AUGCAGGCCAUGACACCCAUCACCCCGCUGGAGCCGGGCGUGGAAAUGUUCGAACGAGGAAAGGCGCAGUCGUUCUUUUCUAGUGCUCCAACGGUCCGGUCAUCGCUGGAACGUCCACUUUCGCAUAUCAGUGUCGCAUAUACAGAUAUCGAAGAUGAUUCUAGCGAAUUUGAGGAGUUCAGUGGCUCGUCUAGCGACAACAGGCGAAGUCAAACAACGAUAUCGACAUUCGAGGAAGUACAGACUCCUGGGGAAGAGGUACGGCCACAGUUCGCCUAUUGGCCGGAGCGAAAGUCAGUAGAAGGUCCUAAAGGGCCACACCUCUUCCGUGCUUCAGUAUCAUCCAACGACUUUCUAUACGACGACGCCCAAGUAAUGCAAAUGUCGCCUUUACUGCCAAAAGAAACUCCACUCCGUCAUCCGACCUCGUUCCGAGAAGCGACUCCCGAAACCAUCGUCCCUCAGAGAGAGUACAACAACAUCGCUCUGGCAGUUGCCCACUUGGACAAUGCCGAAGUGCGUGCCUGGACUUCCAAGGAUGUGGCCACCUGGAUGUAUCAAAAUGGGUUUGAAGACGAUGUAAUUGACAAGUUCAUCCAGCACGAUAUCUCAGGUGCUGUUUUGCUAGAUUUGCAAUUCGACGAUCUGAAGGAAUUGGAAAUUCAGUCCUUCGGCAAGAGGCAUCAAUUGUGGAACCAAAUCGACUCGCUGCGCACCGCGGAUGGCCUAAUGUCGCCAACUGCUCCAGCAGCCAUCCCAACUCCAUUCGAGGACAUCGAACGGCCGUGCACAGAGGCAAGGAACAGGUCCAAGAGCAAGGGCCGAAAGGCUAGUCGGCGCGACAAGUCGCGAGGGCGUCACUUAACAGACGAUGUUAUUACUCCUGCACAUUCCGUCUCGAUCGUAGCAAUCGAACAACUACUACCUAAGCCGCACGUAUGCGCAAAGGGUGAACGAUGCGCCAAAUGGAGGAAACAACAAAGGCAGCUUGCCCGACUUCAACAGGAACACGGCUUUCCUAUUUCGCCCGAGAAGGGUGGUCAUAUCUUCAUUGCUGGCGACCCAGGCAACCCCCAGACAGCAUCUCACGUAGUGGAGAACGUCCACCGCCCGAAUUCAGAAGCUACUCCUUCCGUUGUGGUACCGUCCGUGGUAGCAUCAUCCGAUGUGUUGGGGCCUGGCCAGCUACCUGACUUUACUCUUCAGGACCUACAAAAGUUCGAGCAACGCGACCCGCAAGACAACGUACGACAGUUUCUUACCCUACAGGGUCAGCAGCAGCCCUUCGUCAGCGCUACUCCAAUUGAGGCUCCCCCAACGCCACCUACAGAAUCAUACCCACCUCGGCCCUUCUUGGUGAUACCACAGCAACAGCACUACCCGCAGGUUUCAGCCUUUUCUGCAUCUACGUCGGCGCAUACCACAAAGUCUUUCGAUCCUUUUAGCCAGACACCUUCAACUCCAGCUCUGCAUCCCCCAGAGUUUAUGCCGGCUCCUCACUCGAACCUCAAGAGCCUCCCCAAAUUGACGAUCCCCCCGGCACGUUCAAUGUCUGCCCAGCCUGCUGGUAACCCACGCAGUGGAAUCCCAACACACCAGUACCUUGCACCCGACACCGCUUUCUCGCCAUGUAGGACGGCGUCACCGGGCGGGGUCUACCGGUUCGGUACGCCGUUCUCUGAGAUGGACGUCCCUGUGACUGCUGUGCAACACGAGCCACUAAGUCGUGACACAAGCCAGUCCGUGCCUCCGAAUAUGCAAUACCAACCCCAAAUUCAAAGGGUUGGAUCGCGUCAUGACCGUCGACGCCCUUCGUUGCCCAUGCCCGUUCUUGCUGAAGAUCGCGUAUUCAGCCCAACAGCCCACUCGGACGACGACACCCUGCGGGAGACCAUCUUCGACGAUUCCAUCAGUACUAGUGAUAGCGCUAGCUCGUCGCCACUCAAAGCCACUAAGCCGUUCGAUAGCGAAGCUGGCGACACUAUUGCGCCUUUGCCCAAGGGAGGCUUCGUGUACAAGGGUGUGAAUCACCACGGCUGGAUGAAGAAGCGACGUACCAAGCUUCUGCGUCACGAAUGGCAAGACCACCACUUCCGCCUCCAGGGCACGAUGCUAGCUAUGCAUCCCAACGAGCUGCCGUCUUCCUCCGCGUUGCAGACCAUUGAUGUGGAUGAUUAUGCCGUAGCAUGCUCAUCACUCGCUUCCAACAAACUUUCCGCCAAAUUCAAGGCUCUGAAACUUUCUUCCGGUCACCACAAGGAGAAGUCUUCCGCUUCCACUCCCGCAUUCGAGUUUCAGCUUGUACCUGCUGCACCUGGAAAGGGCGACGUCAAGAAGGUUAUGCCGAAUGGCAAGGUGCAGCACUUUGCCGUAACCACCAAAGACCAGAGGAUCGACUGGAUGCGCGAGCUCAUGUUGGCAAAGGCCUUGAAGGCUAAGAGCGAUGGCUACGAAGUCAACGUCAACGGGGCCAACAUGUGA